UCACUAAUCUGGCUGUAAAAAAAAGCAUAUGCUAGUUACAGGUAAAUGUCAAGUCACUUGGGCUGUGAAUUCGCAGCUCUAGACCGCCACAUUUAAGAGGCUGUGUGUGUGAAUUGACAGGAAAUAACAUGUGAAGGACAUCAGCCUACACAUUCUCCAUCUCUGACUUGGACUUGCAAACUUUGACAUCUUGAAUGACAUGCAUCAUGUACAUUUCACAUCUUUGGAUAUUUUUUGGUGCUUUGGUGUCUUCACAUGCUCUGGACCGUAGGAACAGAGGAUGUACAGAGGUCAAAAUCAGCGCCUCUCUGAAAUCUGAAGUCUUUCUCCCUUGUCACUUUAAUGAAAGCUUUGGCAAUGAAACAGAGACAGUGAAAUGGAGUAACACUUCCAGAGGAGUCACUCUUCUAACUAUCAUGGAAAAUGGUAGAAUCAUCUUUGAAAGUCCUACAGAAGGACGAGUGAAAAUUUUCCCACUUCUAUUCAGAGACGGAAACUUCUCCAUCCUCAUCCGUGAUCUGGAGCCUUCAGACAUCGGCCCGUACUUUUGUGAGCUGAGGAAUGAAUGCUGGAGAGUGGAGAUCAUAGAACGUCUAAUUGAGAGAAGACGUGAUGAGUUAAAUCCCUGGUUCUACUUUGCUGCUGGAGCUGGAUUGUUUAUUCUCCUUUUUAUUUCAUUUAGCUUGUUUUCAAAAUUUUAUGGAAAGCAUACAAAUAAUUCAUCCAAAUCUAAUCCUGUUAGUGGAGUUCGGACCGAAGGUAAUAACCACCCCGAGGAAACACGGAAUACAGAAAGAAGUGAACAGAGAAACAAAAACAACAGGGGUCUGAGAAGGGGCUUUACAACUGUUUAUGAAAAUGAUGCACAUGCUCCAAAUCAAAGUUCUUCUGUGCAGCAAGGGCAACAUCCUCAGAGAGCUUUUAGAGCCGCUCCUGUUCCUGAGCCAACUGCAAGACAUCCUUCAGAUCUAAAACCAUACUAUGUCAACCAGGCAGAGCUCUCCAAUCCAGGCAAUGCUGGCAAAAAACGGAAAAGACGAAAACAUUUUCAGUUUAAAAAUCCAAUAUAUGGAGACUGUGUUGAUUAGAAGUCAGAUUGUGAUGACAGAAUCCAACUCCACAGAAUCCAGAAUCCACAUGUUUUAAUCAAUUUUUCAUUUCAAUCAUUGCAAACAGUUCAAUAUCUCAAUAAAUGCUUAUGUUUAACAUGGAA